AACAUAUUUUUUUCCAUAAAAUGCCACUAAAAAUUGAAAUAUAAAAUAAGUAUAUAUCAAUCACAAAAAUUUAUUUCUAAUUUUUAUUUAAUAAAUUUUAAACUUUAAACUUUAUAAAUUCAAAUUAAAUGCUAUAAUUAAAAAAAAUAUCUACCCUAUUUGUAUAAAAAAAACAAAAAAUAUCCUCACAAAAUAAAAGAUAAUUUCCUAUCAACUUCCAUCUUCAAAUUCCUUCUUGUAUCAUCUUUUAUUUUGAGGUCAUCGUCAGUUUCUUUAAAAGUUUCCAUUUUUGGAUAAUGACAUCUCAAUUUUGCACUUUCGAAAAUCAGCUUAUAUCGAAACCGCUGAUAAUUUCCUUAAACUCAUCUGAUUCAUUCACAGGUGAUCAACUCAAUAAGGGUCUUUUUAAUUACUUUAAUGGCUAUGAUUAUGAGCCAGUCUCCUCUACUUUGGAUAAUAGCAAGAAUAAUAGAGUGGAAGACACGUCGAAGUUGGUCGAUGUUCAUUUCGCCAAUCACGCCACAGCAAACUAUUAUAACAUAGAAGAAGAUAAAAUCAAAACCAAUAACCAUUCAAACUGGAGCAAAAAUACUUUUCAUCAUGUCAAUGACAAAAACAAAAAGUUAAAUAAUAUUGCAAGACCCUCGUUUGCUAGCAAUAAUGCGAAUAAUCAUGCUGUCACAGCUAGUAUCAGUAGUAGCAAGGAAACUAGAAUUCGCAGACCAAUGAAUGCUUUUAUGGUAUGGGCUAAGACUGAGCGACGAGUAUUGGCCGAUGCGAAUCCCGACUUGCACAAUGCCGAUCUCAGCAAAAUCUUGGGAAAAUCUUGGAAGUCAUUGACAACAUGCGAUAAAAAACCAUUCGUCGACGAAGCCGAAAGAUUGAGACAAUUACAUAUGGUGAUGCAUCCAGAUUACAAAUAUAGACCGAGAAGGCGUAAACCUCUGAAUGGCGUGGUACAUACUUCUAAUUCAACAAACCAAAAAUGUUCAACGCCUCUUAGCAUUCCUUCAAAAUUUAUUGGAUCAGCAUCUUCUUCUUUCGCUAAAAAUAGGAUCAAAAAUUUACAUUUACGCAACAACUUAUGCAAUAAUUCGGAUUCGGGGAAUCAAAACAAAUCCUUUAAGCCCAAUAAGCUAAAAGGUAAUAAUAAUAAUCACAUAGGAAACGAUCUUUAUAAAGUUGAUAAUCAUUUUGAUAACUAUCCUGCGUAUCACCAUUCAUUACUUGUCAAUUCGUCAUUCGAUAUGAACUCCUAUUAUAAUUUAGGAAAACCAACUAUGACUUUACCAAAAUUGAAAGUUCACAAAAAGCAGAAUUACUUAGAAACAUCAUAUUAUAACAGCUCAUCUAUCCCUAUAACCAAAAAUGAUCAAAAUUUCAGCAAUAAUUUACGUGAUUACAUGGAAAUUUAUUCUUCUGGUCAUUGCACUAACAAAAAUCUAAUAAAAAAUUCACCCUAUAAUUCUAAUAAUAUCUUGUAUCAUGAUACUAUACACCAACAAAACUUUUACCAGGAAAGCUCUAAAUCACUAAUUGAAAAUCAAUUUUGCUCAGGUGCCAACGCCAAAUUUUUGUCACAAGAUUAUUCAAAUUUUUCCAAAUACAAUAAUAAAAACUACGAUUAUAGUUUAGGUAAUAAGAUUAAUUUAGCAGAUUCAAUCUUAUGCAACAUUCUAACCACCUCAAGUCAUUAUUACAACGAAGAAUGUUCGGUGUGUUCCAGGGAAACUGAUAAUAUUAAUAGGUUCUCUUCUUUAGACACACAAACAGAAUGCGAUGCUAAAAUAUCUCCUUACGAAAUUACUAACAACCUAAGAGUUCCCAUAUAUCCUUUAAAUAACCUCAACUCAAAGUUUGGAUCACCUCUCCCUGCUAUUGACACUAUCGUGGAAACUUCAGCAAUUCAAAUCAAACAAGAAUACAAAGACGACUACUCACCCACAUCUUACCCUUCUUCGAAUAAUGUCAAAAUCAUUACGAAUAGUGACAAUAGAUUUAUAGCAGAUGACUGUAAUUCGGGUUCUACUGAAAAUAAUUCUUUUAAUUCUAACGAUCAAGAUUUUAUCUACGAAAAUUUGAAUCUCAAAUUUAUUCGUGACUCUCAAAUAUCUGCACGGAAAAUAAAAAUUGAGAAUUAUCAAUGCGUUUACGAAUCCGCUCCGAUGCCUUUUUAUCAUGAUUCCAGCAUUACUGAUGUAUUUUGUGAAGAAGUAGAUCCACUAAAAGAAUCAAGCGAAAUAUUGACCAAGUCCUUCGAUUUGAUGUAUAAUGUUUGAGGGGGAAAAAAAUAUAAUAAUCUAAAAAUGAUUUACCACAAGUUAUCGAUUAUAAUUUAUGAUUAUUUAAAAUUGACUAAUUCAAAUAUGCAAUCUAAGUAUAUCAUUCUUUUUCAAUCAAAUUUUAAAAACUUUAAUAUUUGCAAUCAAUAAAUUAACAAUCAUUUUUUUAAAAAAAAUAAUAUUAUACAUAUUUUUAAAGGCCUUAUAUAUAUAUUUUUUAUAUACUUCCUAAUUUUAUGAUUAACAUGGAUGUUCUGAUAUUCCAUAUUAUUUUUAUAAUUUCGAUUAGAUAAUUGAGUCCUUUAUUUAUUUAUGUUUUAUAUUACAUUUUGCAACCAUUUAAAACCGCUCAAAUAUUAUAUUUAAUUUUUUUUAAAAAUUUUUAAUUUAUAAAUUUAUGAAGCAUUCCAAAAUUUUUUUAAAACUUAAAAUUACAACAAUCCUAUAUCACCAAAAUGUAUUUCCCAUUAUAAAACAAUUAU